AUGUUUGCCCUGUUGUUCAUGCUGUUUACCACCAUCAUCGCACCACUAAUUCCAACCCUCUCUUCAGAACUACCACCACCACCACCGACAGCGCCAGCAUUUGAGUAUACUCCAAUCCAACGUUUUCCCCCACCUCCCCCUUUCACUCCAUCACUACCAUAUGACAACAUAUGGCGUCCACCAAGUGAACCACAACCAGUAUCCCUGCGGUUCGUGCUGGGGUGUAUCUUGGCUCUAAUAAUAUUACUUACCUUAAUCGUAGUGGCGAUUUACGUUCGCCGGCGAAGAGGGCCGCCAGGGCACCCAGGGGAACCAGGGAAGCCAGGGCAUAAAGGGGACAAAGGAGACAGAGGGGAGAGAGGGGAGAAAGGGCUGAAAGGUGACAAAGGGGACAAAGGCGACAAAGGGGACAGAGGGCCACCAGGGCCGUGUGGCCCACCAGGGCCGUGUGGACCGCCAGGGCCGUGUGGCCCACCAGGGCCAGAAGGGCCGCAAGGGCCGCCAGGGCAGCCAGCCUGCCAGUGGCACCAUAGCUGCCAGUGCCAUGAUAGCUGCUAG